GAGCUGAGCGGUCAGAUCGGCUCCACUCGGCGGCUGAGCGGGCUCACCUUGCUUCCCUGCGCGGCGCAGCCCAGCCGAUCUCCGACGGCAGUGGCGGCAGCGGCGCAUCCAGGCCCAGAUCGCGCGGCGAGAGCCGCAGUGGGCGCGGGCCGGGUGGCCCUCCCGCCUGGCGGGCGCUCAGACCAUGUCCCCCGAAGAGCGCACCUACCUCGUGGUUCUCCUCCUCUCCAUCCCCAUCGGCUUCCUCUUUAAGAAGGCCGGCCCCGGGCUGAAGCGAUGGGGCGCGGCGGCCGUGGGCCUAGGGCUCACCGUGUUCACCUGCGGCCCCCACACGCUGCACUCUCUGAUCACCGUGCUGGGGACCUGGGCGCUCGUUCAGGCCCAGCCCUGCUCCUGCCACACCCUGGCCCUCGCCUGGACCUUCUCCUACCUCCUGUUCUUCCGAGCCCUCAGCCUGCUGGGCCUGCCGACUCCCACGCCUUUCACCAAUGCUGUCCAGCUGCUGUUGACGCUGAAGCUGGUGAGUCUGGCCAGUGACGUCCAGGACCUGCACUUGGCCCAGCGGAAGGAAAUGGCCUCAGGUUUCAGCAAGACGCCUGCCCUGGGGCUGCUGCCCGAUGUUCCCUCGUUGAUGGAGACGCUGAGUUACAGCUACUGUUACGUGGGAAUCAUGACAGGCCCGUUCUUCCGCUACCGCACAUACCUGGAUUGGCUGGAGCAACCCUUCCCCGAGGCGGUGCCCAGCCUGAGGCCCCUGCUCCGCCGGGCCUGGCCAGCCCCCCUCUUUGGCCUACUCUUCCUGCUGUCCUCCCAUCUCUUCCCACUGGAGGCCGUGCGUGAGGAUGCCUUCUACGCUCGCCCACUUGCCACCCGCCUCUUCUACAUGGUCCCAGUCUUCUUUGCGUUCCGCAUGCGCUUCUACGUGGCCUGGAUUGCUGCUGAGUGCGGCUGCAUUGCUGCGGGCUUUGGGGCCUAUCCUGUGGCUGCCAAGGCCCGGGCCGGGGGCGGCCCCACCCUCCAAUGCCCACCCCCCAGCAGUCUGGAGAAGGCGGCUGUCCUGGAGUACGACUAUGAGACCAUCCGAAACAUCGACUGCUACAACACAGACUUCUGCAUGCGUGUGCGGGAGGGCAUGCGGUAUUGGAACAUGACGGUGCAGUGGUGGCUGGCGCAGUACAUCUACAAGAGCGCACCUUUCCGCUCCUACGUCCUGAGGAGCGCCUGGACCAUGCUGCUGAGCGCCUACUGGCACGGCCUACACCCUGGCUACUAUCUCAGCUUCCUGACUGUCCCUCUGUGCCUGGCUGCUGAGGGCUGUUUGGAGUCGGCCCUUUGGGGGCGGCUGAGCCUCAGAGGCCAGAAAGUCUGGUACUGGGUGCACUGGUUCCUGAAGAUGCGCGCCUAUGACUACAUGUGCAUGGGCUUUGUGCUGCUAUCCAUGGGCAGCACGCUCCGGUACUGGGCCUCUGUCUACUUCUGCAUCCACAUCUUGGCCCUGGUCUGCCUGGUGCUGGGGCUGGGUUUCAGACGGGGCAGGCGCAGCCAGCAGAAGGCUGAAGCCCAGGCCACCAGCACCGCCCCAGAAAAGCUCCGGGAGGAGUGAGCUGCCUCGGUGCGCCCUUUGCUGGCCAGACCCGCUGCAAGCCAUCCCCUGGGAAUACUGCGCCAGGCCGCCGACUCCUUUCCGUGUGGGAGGCACUGCUGACCGGAGCUUGGAGAGGAUACCCGCUUCCCCUACUAGCUACUCGCCUCCCGCUGGAUCAGACCCAGGGCUGUGCCCUCUCCUCCCACCCUUGAAAAUCAGGGUUUCACUCAGACCUCAUGUCCCUGCCAGACUCUUACUCUGGAUCUACAAGAGCGCCUCUUCCAAGUCUUGUUCCAUUUUCAUCCAACUAGUAUUUCAGCAGAGAAGGGGUUCAGACCUCGCUUCUCCUCACUAGAGCUGGGGUCUUUGCUCAAGUAGCUCCCACAUGGGCUGCUCUAUUCCCUGUUGCCCUUGGUCCAGGAUGGGCCAGAAUGUGUCAGUCUCACCAAUAAAGUGUCACACGGGUGUGUUUGUGAGAGCA